AUGACGGGGUCAUCAAGGCAAGCGGCCGAGAAGGUGGAGAAGUGGAUGGCGUUCCCGUCUGGCUCCGACGACGCCGGCAGCGGCUUCACGUUCCCGCAGCCACGGUCAGUGUCGGGCGGGGGCAAGGAGAUCGUGGAGGAGGCGUCGUCCUCCACGGUCAGUGCCGGCAACAGGCAGGCCUCGUUCCAGCGCGGCCGCGACAGCGGCGUGGGCAGCGCCAAGUCGUCGCGUGGGUCGGGGGACUCGCUGCCGCGGGUGUCGCAGGAGCUCAAGGACGCCCUGUCCAGCCUGCAGCAGACGUUCGUGGUCUCCGACGCCACCCGCCCGGACUGCCCCAUCAUCUACGCCAGCGCCGGCUUCUACACCAUGACCGGCUACGCCCCCAAGGACGUCGUCGGCCGCAACUGCCGCUUCCUGCAGGGCCCCGACACGGACAUGGACGAGGUCGCCAAGAUCCGGGACGCCGUCAAGACCGGCCGCAGCUUCUGCGGCCGCUUGCUCAACUACCGCAAGGACGGCACGCCCUUCUGGAACAUGCUCACCGUCACCCCCAUCCGCGACGACCACGGCAAGGUCAUCAAGUUCAUCGGGAUGCAAGUCGAGGUGAGCAAGUACACGGAGGGGCUCAGCGAAAAGCGCAUGCGGCCAAACGAGAUGCCAGUCUCCCUCAUCCACUACGACGACCGGCAGAAGGAGACGGCCAUGUCAUCGAUCACGGAGGUGGUGCAGACGGUGAAGCACCCGCGCGCUCGCUCCGAGGGCGAACAGGAGCCCGUGGAGCCUGCACCGCUCGUCACAGCGCCGCCGUUGGUGGUCCCUGGCACGCCGCUCUGGGACGUGAAGAAGGAGGACUCGCGGCUGAGCCGGAAGUUGAGCCGCCGCCGCUCCUCCCUCAUGGGGUUCAAGAUGGGGAAGAGGAGCUCGGUAGGAAGCAAGGAGGCCCUUCCAGCGGAGGUGGAGGCUAUGGCGCCGGCGCCGGCGACACCGGAGUCAACGACGGAGAAGGAGCGCAAGAACAGCUGGGAGCAAGAGGGAAGGGAGAGGGACAUCAGGCAGGGGAUCGAUCUAGCCACCACGCUAGAGCGCAUCGAGAAGAACUUCGUCAUCACGGAUCCCAGGCUCCCCGACAACCCCAUUAUCUUCGCGUCGGAUAGCUUCUUGGAGCUGACGGAGUACACGCGGGAAGAGAUCCUCGGGAGGAAUUGCAGAUUUCUUCAAGGGCCAGAGACCGACAUGUCCACGGUCGAUAAGAUCCGGGAGGCUAUCCGGGAACAGACCGAAAUCACUGUCCAGCUAAUCAACUACACCAAGAGUGGGAAGAAGUUCUGGAACUUGUUCCACCUGCAGCCAAUGCGAGACCAGAAGGGAGAGCUUCAGUACUUCAUUGGUGUUCAAUUGGAUGGAAGCGACCAUGUUGAACCCCUUAGGAAUCGUCUCUCUGAGAACGCUGAACUACAAAGUGCUAAAUUGGUCAAAGCUACGGCAGAGAAUGUGGAUGAAGCAGUCAGAGAGCUUCCUGAUCCCAACCUGAGACCAGAGGACCUAUGGGACAUUUACUCAAAAUAUGUUUCCCCAAAGCCUCAUAAACGUUACAACUCUUCUUGGAUUGCGAUAGAAAAGAUUACAAAAUCUGGGGAGAAGAUUGGCUUGAAGCACUUCAAGCCUAUAAAACCUUUGGGUUGUGGUGACACUGGCAGUGUACAUUUGGUGGAGUUGCAAGGCAGUGGUGAAUUAUUUGCAAUGAAGGCAAUGGACAAAUCAGUGAUGUUGAACCGCAACAAGGUUCACCGAGUUUGUAUCGAAAGAGAAAUAUACUCACUAUUGGAUCAUCCUUUUCUCCCAACAUUAUAUACUUCAUUCCAGACACCAACACAUGUUUGUCUCAUAACAGACUUUUGUCCUGGAGGUGAAUUAUUUGCACUACUCAAUAUGCAACCCAUGAAACUUUUUAGAGAAGAAUCUGCAAGGUUUUAUGCUGCGGAGGUUGUGAUUGGUCUUGAGUAUCUCCAUUUCCUUGGAAUAAUAUACCGUGACCUAAAACCAGAAAAUAUUUUGCUCCAAGAGGAUGGCCACAUAGUUCUGACUGAUUUUGACCUCUCGUUUUUGACUUCUUCAAAACCUCAUGUGAUAAAGCAUUCUACAUCAAGACCAAGAAGAUCUAAGGAGUAUCUGCCCCCAAGUUUUGUUUCAGAUCCUGCCACUCCAUCAAAUUCUUUUGUUGGAACUGAAGAGUACAUAGCUCCAGAGGUCCUCACAGGUGCACCACAUACAAGUGCCAUUGAUUGGUGGGCUCUUGGAAUUCUCUUGUAUGAAAUGUUGUAUGGACGUACACCUUUUCGAGGAAAGAACAGGAAAAGGACAUUUCAUAAUAUCCUGCACAAAGAUCUUACAUUUCCAAGUAGCAUUCCGGUUAGUCUUGCGGCUAAGCAAUUAAUCCAUGGAUUGCUUCAGAGAGAUCCCGCUUCUCGACUUAGUUCAAGUGCCGGUGCAAACGAUAUCAAGCAACAUCCUUUUUUUAAAGAUAUAUACUGGCCACUCAUCCGUUGCAUGGAGCCCCCAGAGCUUGAUGUUCCACUGAAACUAACUCGGAAGGAACCUGAAUUAACAGUGAAGCCUGAGGAGGAUACUCAUGCUCAGAUUGUUGACACAUUUUAA